AUGGCCCUGGCGAUGUCCGCCAGCAGUUUGUUGGCGGGCGCGCCGCUGUUGGUUGCCUGUGGAGAUUCUUCCAGCGGUCCCAGCUACAGCCAGUGGGCGGCCACCGACGGCGCUGCCGGCCGCAUCAAUCUGGACGACGUGCAGGAGGCGUUCAAGGAGUCCAGUAGCGCCACCGAGUUCGAAAGCAGGGUAAACAAAAUCUACGAAGGCGAUGGCAUCAUCCUGAUCCGCUCCCGCCAGGACGGCGAACGCCUCACGCUGGAGGGCUGGGAAGACCUGGACAACAACAGCCAAAUCGACGACGCGACGGACGACCAACUCUUUGCCAUCAUCAAAGAGGACGAACAGCACCAACUGCGAGGCUAUCACGCCAAUUCGUAUUACAACAGCCACUUCGGCGCUGGUGAUUUCCUCUUCACUUACCUGAUAUUCAGCAGCUUGAGCCGCGGCCCCUAUUAUUACCAGACAGGGCCGGGCCGGGCGACAACCAUUCGACAGGACCGGUCCUCGUACCGCGGUUCCAGUGGCUACGACUCCCAGCUGGAUCGCAACCGGCAGUACACCUCCCGUCAGCAGACGUUUGCCGGUUCCCGUUACCAGGAAGCAGGACGGGGCGUCAGUUCGGGCCGGCAGACCUACCAGCAGACCCAGAGGUCGUCCGGUGGCUUCCGCAACAGCAGUUCCAUAACGCGCAGCAGUUCGUCCAUCUCCCGCAGUUCCGGCAUCGGCGGCGGAAGCGGUUCGACGAUAUCCCGGAGCAGUUUCGGCGGGUUCAGCGGCGGCGGCGGCCGGGUCAACUUCCGCAACGAUCCGGAUAGCGACGGCUGGACACGACCCGCCUGGCUAGCCUGA